CACCGCCAACCAGAACAAAACACAAAAGAAAAUGCAUAUUCAGAGCAAAAGGUACAACAGAACAAAGCACCUUCUCUUCUCUCAUAGGUCUUUUUACUCUUUCAAAUUAUUAAAGCCCAUACCCUUUUUCUACCGAAAUUGCAACAGAAUGAAGCGCCAUUACUUGCAAACAUCUUCUCUCUCAUGCUCGUAAAGGCUCUACUUUAAAUGCAAAAGCAUUUUGCCUUUUCUGCUAUCAAAAUUAAGAAGUUGGAAGAUGAUUGUUGUUGUGUCCAUAUUUAGCGAGUAAUUUAGUUGGCCAAAUCUCGGGUCAUUUUGAACUUCUACAAAGAGGCUCCACAAGUAUUGCUGAGAUCAAUAAAGUUGUAGUGCUAUUAUUGACUUUUCUUUAUACAUACUGAAAGAUGUGGUCUAUACAUCUCCUCCUGAACAAACUUUUGAAACCGGAUGAAGAAAAUUUUGAAGGUUCAGCUGGAAAUCACUUUAACUUUGUUGAGACCUACUCUAUUGAAGAAUCAUCAAACAAUGGCAAGCAUGAAACUUCUGUCUUGUCCCACUUCAUUGAAGUCCCUCAUAUAAACCAACAGCACACAUGGGAUUGUGGUCUUGCUUGCGUUCUAAUGAUUUUGAGAGCUCUUGGCAUCUAUGACUGUAACAUUCAAGAACUGGAAGAGCUUUGCUGUACCACUAGUAUUUGGACUGUUGAUUUAGCAUAUUUGCUGCAGAAGUUUUCUGUAAGAUUUACAUACUGCACAGUUACAUUAGGAGCAAAUCCAGAUUUUUCUGUCGAGAGAUUUUACAAGGACCAAUUGCCUAAUGAUCUAGUACGAGUAAAUAUGCUGUUCCAGGAAGCGCGGGAAGCUGGAAUCGACAUAGAGUGCAGAUCAGUUAGUGCCAAAGAAAUUUCUGACUUUAUCUUGUCUGGAAAAUAUGUUGCUAUUGCUUUAGUCGAUCAGUAUAAAUUAAGUCAUUCGCAGCUAGAGGAUGCUUGUGUUUCAGACUUCUAUAGUGGCAGCCCAGGCUACACCGUGGCCCCUGCAGGUCACUAUGUUGUUAUUUGUGGCUAUGAUGCUGUUACCAACGAGUUUGAGAUUCGAGAUCCAGCCAGCUCAAGGAAACAUGAGAGGGUUACAUCACGGUGUUUAGAACAGGCCCAUAAAUCUUUUGGUACCGAUGAAGAUCUUUUGCUGAUUUCUCUUGAGAGGGGAGGUAGUGAAAGCAACCCUUCAGGGUUCUUUUCCUUGUGAAAAUGUUAUUGCUUGAGGGAGGAGUCAAUCAAGACAACCUAUAAAAGAUUGUUUCCUCGUGACAUUGCUUGUUCAUUCCUAUGCGCAUAUCACGCCGUCUCUUCUUUACCUGUACAUGACUGACUGUACAUAGUCUCUGUGAUGUAAUGCUUCUCCACCCUUUGUUGUAUUCAUCAGCUAUAAUUGUACUUUAUUACUGUAAUUAGAUACUUGUAUUUCAUCAUCCAUCUCACAGUGCUAGUAUCAA